UAAUCUAAGACAAGUUAUAUAAAUAUAUAAAUAUAUAUAUACAAGUGUGUGUGUGUGUAAAUAUAUAAAAUGCUAAAUGCAUCUUGAGUGGUAUAUUUGACUAUCUUAUCAUUUAAACGUCCGUCGUCAGUUGCUGCAGACAUUGUGUAUUUUAAAAUUUAUUUAUCUUUUAUUAAUUUCUUUAUAGAUCUAUAAAAUGAAAUAAUAAUAAUAAUAAUAAUAGUAGUAUUAUAAGAUAGUGGUGUUGGCUGGUUGGUUCAGUUGGUUGAUAAAUAAUAAUCGUGCUUACUCACAUGUGGUGUGUGUUUGUAACAGGUGACUGGUGCAAGUGGCACGCGACUAAAAAAUGAUAUUAUGUGAUAAAAAAUUAUGUUGUAAUAAUGAUGGUGAUGAUGAUGAUGAUGAUGACGACGAUGAUGAUGAAGAUGAUGUAAAUAAAUAUUUAAUAAAACCAAGUGAAUCAAAUUUAAUUAUAAAUAAAUAGUAAAUAUAUAUUUUGUCGAAUGGUUGAGGGUUGCAAGUGUCAUCAUCGUCGACGUAAAAGACGAAAAUCUGAUAUUAAAAAAUAUAAAAAAAAUAGUGUUAAACUGGCGUCAUUUAAACGUGAACAAGAGUCUCGGGAUACUCGGACCCGUCGACGUAUUAAUGGUGCUGGUGGUGGUGGUGGUUCAUUAUCAAGUCAUGGAAGUGCAACUGGCAUACAGUGUGGUCUUUGUGCUGUUCUUACUGGUUUAUUUAGACGUGCAUUGUGCAUUGCCGGUAGUAGAAGAGGAUCUGGUGAAUCUUGUUAUCAAGAAUUAACAUGUGACAAUCAACAACAAGAUAUUAUUACAACGACAACGACAACUAAUAUACAAGAAAAAACUUGUAAUAUUGUUGUAUCUGUUGUAUUGUCAACACCUGAAAAAACAUCAUCAUCAACAUCCCCAACAACAACAACAACUGAUGAAAAUAAUAAAAAUAUUCAUAUCAUUCAAUUUGAGACGUCGAAUGCAGAGGUCACAGUCGACAGUUCCAAACAAAAUGCAGUAUUUGUACGAAAAUCCGAUGCAACAACAUUAUUGGAAUCAUCUGGAUCAUCACCACUACCACCACCAUCAUCAUCACCUUCUGAUAUUAAUAAUAUUAAUAGUCGUCGUUAUUCAGAUACAGAUCGUCAACUCAUUGAAAAUAUUAUUAUUGACACCAAUGAAAAUUCAAGAAUACGUAAUGGAAGUAGAUUUUUAACAAUGCACAAAAGAAGACGUAAAAGAUUAACAACAAGAUCAUUGAAUCAAGAACCAGGAUUACUUGAUGACAUAUUUCAUGGACAAGUUCAGUGUGUUCUGCAGAGGGCCGGACAUUGGCGCUUCAACGCAUUUACCCUGGAGACUGUAUCUGGAGGUCGUUCUUUACCAGUGUUAUGUGUGCAUUUGUUUCAAUGGUAUGGUCUAUUGAAACAAUUUCAAUUGGAUGUUGUCAGAGUGUGGAAAUUAUUUGCAUUGAUUGAGGAAGGAUAUCAUAGUACAAAUCCUUAUCACAAUAGUAUUCAUGCAACUGAUGUUACUCAAGCAAUGCACUGUUUUCUUCAAGAAGAAAAAAUAAGAAAACAUUUGACUAGUUUGGAAAUAAUGGCAUCAUUAAUUGCUGCUGUAACACAUGAUCUGGAUCAUCCUGGUGUUAAUCAACCAUUUCUCGUUGCAACAAGUAAUCACUUGGCCAAACUUUAUGAAAAUACAUCUGUAUUGGAAAAUCAUCAUUGGCGUUCAGCGAUAGCAUGUCUUCUUGAGAGUGGUGUGAGUGAACAGCUAUCACCAGAAAUACGUCCAGAAUUACAGGGUUAUAUUAGUUCAUUAAUUCUUGCAACAGAUAUAACACGUCAACAAGAAUUUUUAACAAAAUUUAAAUCUUAUCAGGAUAAUAAUAUACUUGAUAUGAAAAAAUGUGAAUAUCGUCAUUUUAUAUUACAAAUAUCACUUAAAUGUGCUGAUAUAUCAAAUCCAUGUCGUCCAUGGGAUAUAUCAAGAAAAUGGUCAUACAAAGUAUGUGAAGAAUUUUUUCGUCAAGGUGAUUAUGAACGUCAACUAAAUCUUCCUGUAACACCACUUUGUGAUCGACAAACAAUAAGCAUACCAAAAAUACAAUCUGGUUUUUUUCAAUUUGUUGUAACACCAUUGUACAAUGAAUGGAAUAGAUUUCUUGGUGAUGGAUUAAGUAUAAUAUUAAUGAAAAAUUUAAAAUCAAAUCAACAAAAAUGGGAAAAUUUAAUUGCUCAAGAAACAAUUGAUGAUGUUGAUGAUGAAGAUGAUAAUAAUAAAACUGAUCAAGAAGAAAUACAAAAUUCACAAAUUUCUGAAGAUCCUCCUGAUGUAUGUUGUGCUAUUGAUAAUACCGCAACAUUACAAGAAGAAGAAGAAGAAGAAGGAGAAGAAUCUUACUCAAUUGACAUACAAUUUCAUGUAUUUGAUAAAAAUUUACAUAAAAUAUCAACAUCGUCAUCGUCAAGACGUUCAAGUUUACCAUACAAUUAUUAUGAUAAAAAAUUAACAGGACGUCGUCAUUCAGUACCAAUGAGUAUUAAACCACAAUCAUCAUCUUCAUCAUCUUCAUCAUCCAAAACAACAGCAACACCACUACCACUAGUUAAACUUGAUAAUCAAAGUUGUUGUAAUAAUAAUAAAUUGAGCUCAUUAUCAUUAUUAUCAUCACACAGUAGUCUAAUUGAAUCAAUAACAAAUACAAAUACAAAUACAGAAAAUGAAAGACCAGUUAGUGCUGAAAAUUUACUUCCUGAAACAAGUAUUGCAAGUAUAACAAGUAGUAUUGAAGCAUCAAGAUUAUCAAGUGUAUUAUCACAAUCACAAACAACUAAACAAUUAACAAGACAACAAACAUUUCCACCACUUCAACCAUACAAUAGAAUACGUUAUUUAUCAACAACUGCUGAAAUGUCUAAAUGUAAAAUUGAUGUAUUACAUGAAACUCCUCAAUGUUCACAAAAUAUUGAAGCUAAUCAAUCACAUUCAUCAUCUAAAACAACAACACCACCACCACCACCAUUAUCAACAACACCAGAUAAAAAACGUGAACGUAAAAUAAGUACUCGUUCAUAUACAAUUGAUCAUCAUCAUCAUCAUCAUCAUCACCACCACAGUAGUGGAAAAAGACGUGAAUCAUCAGCUUAUGCUGAUUUUAAUAGGCUCAAUGUUGAUUCAGCAUUUAUUGGUAAUGAAAGACGUAGACAUUCUUUACAAGGUGUUAAAAGUGAUGAGCUACCAUUAUCAUCAAGACAUCAUAAACAUCACAACAAUAAAAAUAAUGAUAAUAAUAAUAAUAAAAAUAAAAACAAUAUUAGUAGUAGUAGUAGUAGUAAUAGUAGUAGUAAUAAUAAUAAUAAUAAUAGCCAUUAUCAAUAUCAUAAAAGACCAUCAUCAGCACAAGAGACUGAUUCAACACAAGUUAUUUAUGCAACAUUAACUGGUGUUACAACAUUUAAACAUAAAUCAAUUUGCUCUGAGAGUAUUGAUAUAUCAUUAUCACAAUCUAAUGUAAGUUUAGAAGAAUCUGCUGCUGAUGAAGAACAAAAAUCGACUGAUAAAUUUAUGCCACUACCAGCUGAUAAUAAUACUAUCAAUAAAUUAAAAGAAACAGAAAGUCUCAGAAGAUUUUCAACGCCUAUUAAUAAUGAUAGCAAAAUUGGUUUUAUUGGACGUGAAAAAAGUGGUAGAAGAUUUACAAUGAUUCCUGUAACAUCUGAAUUACCAAUACAAAAAGUAUUUUUUAUUGGUAGUCCACCUGAAUCACCACCAAGACACAAAAGUAUAUCAUCAUCAAGUGACAGUGGUAGUGAACAAAGAAAAAGUAUUGGUGAAACUUGUUCUGAACCAAUAUCAUAUUAUAAAAGUUCAAAAAUACAAAAAAUGAGUGAUGAUGAUGAUAAUAAUAAUAAUAAUAAUAAUAAUGAUGGUGAUGAUGAUGAAAGAAUGAAGGAAAAUGUUGAUCCACGUGUUACUACUACUGAUGAAGCUGGAAAAUUUACAACUGGACGACGAGUUGCUCAGGGAGGAUGGGCAAGAAGACGUGGAUCAGCGCCAGUUGGACUGAUGUUUCGUCUGGAUGAUGGUCCAUUAACUGUGACAUCAAGAAUAGACCGACAUAUGAGACGUGGUUCUGUACCUGCUGACAUUGCCAAUCAAACAUUUACUUCUGGUGGAUCCUUUCGAUCGGCAUUGGGCAUUCGAGGAGAAAAGAAAACAUCAUCAUCAUCAUCUAGACGAUCUAGUUUACCUCCAGAAGCAGCAUUUGUAAAUAUACUUGGAAAUACUUUUCUACCAACAGAUGAACGUGAAAAUAACAACAAUAUAAAUCAGGGUAUGCCAUCACCAAGACGUGGCUCUGUACCAGCAGAUAUAUCAGAAUUACGUCGUGAUUUAUUUGGUCGUAGCAGUAUUAAUAAUAAAAGUCAACAACGUAAUAGAAAAAAAACAUUACGUCGACGUAGCAGUGGUGGACCUGAAAUGUUUUCCAUUUGUAUAAAUAAUACUGAUGACAAUGAUCUAAAUGCUAAAUGGUCUGGAUGGAAACGUGAAUUUUUAAUAAGAGAUUCAAUACCAGAACCAAGUGUCAAAAGACGUGGUUCAUUGCCCGUUGAAAUGCUAUCAAUAUCACAUGCUGGUAAUGGUGGUGGUGGUGGUGGUGUUGCUGGUGGUGCAGGUACUAGCAGACGAAGAUCAAGUCUAUGGAGACUCUAGCAAGCAACGAGAUCAUCAUCAACAAAGUAUUAUCAACAACUAGAUAAAACGUGAUAAUAAUCGCCCAAUAUUUACGUGACCUGCAAUGGCAAGAUUAGAUAUAUAUAUUUUUUUUAAAUUCAUUUCAUCUUUUCAUUUGUCAUAUAUUAAAUUAAUAUCUAUAUUUAUUAAAGUCAUUAGAAUAAUUUAAAAUAACCUUGAGCCGUUAUUUUUAUCAAUCAAUCAAUUAAUUAAAUUAUGAAAAUUUAGAAAUUAUAAUUGUUAUUAAAAAUUAAUAAAUGUCUUCCUUAUGAAUUAUUUUUAAUUCCAAUGGGUAUUAUAAGAUCCAAAUUAAUUUGUGCCAUAAUUGUUUUGUUUUUUUUUUUUUUUUUUUUACGGCUCAAGCAAGUAAAACAAAACAAAUAAAUUUUUAAACAAUAAAAAUAUUAAUAAUAAUUUUUUUUUUUAUAUUUAAAAAAAUUAAAUUAAAAUAGGGCAAAGAUGAGAUACACUCAAUCACACACACACACACACAAAAACAGGAUUCACGAUGAUGAUUUAAUUGUCUCAAUUUAUUAUAAAAAUUAAAAAUAAUAAUUUAUAUAUUUAAAAAUAAAAAAAAAUAAAUGAUGCCUAGGUACGGAGAAUAAAAAAAAGACUGGUAGGAAAAAAAAAAUAAAAUAAAUAAACAAACAAAAGUUAAAUAAAAUUGAAUUGAUAAAAAUAAUUAAAGUUAAAUUUUAAAGUUAAAAAAUUAAAAAAAAUAAAAUCCGAAAUGUAAUUUGCUCAUAAAAUUAUUAGAAAGAAAAUAAAUAAUAAUAAAAAUAAAUAAAUAAAAACGAUAGAGAGAGUUAACAAAAUAAAAGUUAAAAUUAAUUAUCGAAGCAAUUAAAACAAAGUUGAUCAAGCAAAUUUCCAAUAUUUUACUAUUAUUUUUUUUUAAUUAUUAUUAUUGUAUACGAGUUGUUGGUUUAAUUGAAAAAUACUAAAUACAAUAAAAACAAUUGAGGAUUAUUUAAAAUUGCCAAUUCAUCAGCCAACGAAAAAAAAAAAAAAUCUCUAAUCGAAAAAUCUGGCUUUAAAUAACUUGAUGAUAGAAAUAACAAACGAAAAAUGGAAAAAAAAAAUUAAAUUAAACAUUUAAACAUUUGUUAAUUAUUAAAAAUAAUAAUUACAAACAUUCCAUUUUCUGUGCAAUGUAUAAACAAAGUUAAUCAUGCAUAGAUAAAUUAUUAAUAAAAUGUUCAACAUAAUAAAAAUAAUAAUGUGCAAUUUUAAGUGUUAAUAUCAUUUAAAAAUUCAUUGAAAAUUAAAAUAAUAUCAUUCAUCGUUGUUGGUAUUAAAUAAUUGAAUGAUAAUAUUAAUUAUUCAAAAAGAAAUGAGACAAUGAGUGAGAAAGGUUAAUUUCCAUAACAAGUACAUUUAUAAUAAUAAUAAUAAUAAUUGUGGAAAAGAUUUUUUAAGCGCAGAGGCGAAUAAGUAGAUUUUAAAAAUAAAUUUAGUCUGAUGGUAAUUAAUUAUUUAUGGUGAUGAUGAUGAUGAUAAACAAUGGUAUACAAUUUAAAUAGAAAUAAUAAUAAUAAUAAAGUCAUUUGCCCAGAUAGUUUACCUCGUGUACUGACAAUGUCUUUCAAAUUAAUUUAUCAUAAAACGACAAACUUGUAGUUGUAGAAUCAAUAAAUCAAUACUUUUCUCUUUGUUAAAAAAAU